AACAGCCUAAAAAUGUCGGAGAAAAAGGUUCAAAUGGCUUUAUGCCAAUCGUCAGUGCUGAAGGUAUAUCAUGCCGUCAUUGAAGAUGUCAUAGCCAGCGUACGUGAUGCUUUCUUGGAUGAUGGUGUCGAUGAACAAGUGCUGCAAGAAAUGAAACAAAUCUGGCGAUCAAAAUUAAUGGCCAGCAAAGCUGUCGAAAUAAAUCCUGAACCACCGGAACAGCCACCACAAGUUAUUGCCAAUAAUCCAAAGCCCACAAAGGCCCAAGUAGCUAAAGCUAAAAAAGCUGCAGCAGCCGCUGCUGCUGCCAAUAAUGCCAACAAUGGUGGAGCAGCUCAAAGUUCAGCAUCAACAGCAGCAGCAUCAUCGGCAACUUCGGCCGAUGUAAAGCCAAAUAUUGCACAAUUACAACAGGCGGUAAAUGGACCCACAUCAUCAUCGGGUACUGGUGGUGCGGCGGCCGGAACAUCAGCCGGCGCCAAUACAACGCUCAUGAACGGUACAAUUAAACAGGAACCUCAAACGACGACGACAACGACGAUGCAAUCUUCACAACCUCAAAGUCAACCACCACCCUUACAUCCUACCUCGUCGAGUUCAGCAUUGCUGUUGCAACAACAAAAGCAACAACAACAGGGUAUUGCCGGUGGUGCUGCUGGCGGUAGCAAUCAACAGUCGCAACAGCAGCAACCUGGUAAUAACACAAGCGGUAAUCAGCCUCAAUCAUCGACAAUACCCAUUGUGGCUGCAUUAGAUCCCAAUCGUAUUAUGCCUGUAAAUAUUACAUUGCCUGCCCAACCAGGCACAAUGAAUUCCGAAUCACGUGUCCUAACCAUACAUGUACCAGCCUCAGCAUUGCAGGAGAAUCAAUUGACACAAAUCCUAACGGCCCAUUUGAUAUCGUCGAUAAUGUCACUGCCCACAACAUUGGCCUCAUCGGUGUUGCAGCAACAUGUCAAUGCGGCCCUGGUCAAUGCCAAUAUGCAAAAAAAUUUCAAUACAUCCAAACAAAUGGAUGGUGCCCUGGAUACCUCCGAUGAAGAUGAAAGUGAAGAAAGUGAUGCCAACAUCGAUGAUGAUGACAACGAUGAUCUAGACAAAGAUGAUGAAUCCGAUUUGGACAAUGAAGGUGGUGCUGAAGAAGAACCGCUCAACAGCGAAGACGAUGUUACCGAUGAAGAUGCUACGGAUCUAUUUGAUACCGAUAAUGUUAUUGUUUGUCAAUAUGAUAAGAUAACACGCUCCCGCAACAAAUGGAAAUUCUAUCUCAAAGAUGGCAUUAUGAAUAUUGGCGGGAAAGAUUAUGUUUUUCAAAAAUCAAAUGGUGAUGCUGAAUGGUAAA